AUGAAUUCACAAGAAAUUUCAAUUCCAGUUCCUUGGGGACAUAUUGCCGGUAAGUGUAGUUAAAUUGAUAAAAAUAUUAAACAUUAUUUUCCAUUUGUUUUUAUUUGAAUAAAUUUAAUUUCACUUAUAAUUGGUAUUUGAUAUUUUAAUAAAAUUAGUGUUUAAAUUAAACAUAACACAUAAAUCAGUGUACUAGUGACAUAGUGUACUCUAAUCAGGUGAUCUAUUAAAGUGGGUAUACUCAUUAUUUUGGAAAUUAUUAACUUUUUCAGGAUUUUUUUUCUAGAACAUUUAAGAAACAAGCAGCUCUACAAUUGUAUUUUAAUGUUACUUUUUAUCACCUUUUUUUUGGGGCAUAAAACCACUACCUACUUUUGAUUUCCAAAUAGCAACCUAUGUAAAAAAAAUUUCAUUAAUAGAUUGGGUAUUGGUUCAAAUAAAUUUGAAUAUUGACAUUUUUGAUUUCUGUCAAGCUGGUGCCGACAUAUUCCACUUUUAAUUUUAUGUUUGAGGAGAUUAGUGGUGCGUUAUUAACACGCUAACACCAUACUGCCACUCAAAUGAUACUCCAACUUAAACUUAAAAGUGGAAUAUCUCGUCAACGGCUUGACAGAAAUCAUAAAAUGUCAUCACUCAAAUUUAUUUUAGCUAAAACUCCAUCUAUUUAUGACAUUUUUAAUAUAGGUUACCAUUUGAAAAUCAAAAGAAGAUGGUAGUUUUCCAACCGCCCCCCCCAAAAAAAAAAUAAUAAUAAGAGUGACAAAAAAUAGCUUAGAAAUAAAAUUGUAGAGCAGCUUGUUUCUUAAAUAUUCUACAAAACAAAUUCCGAAAAAAGUUAAUACUCUCCGAGAUAAUGAGUGUACCCACUUAAAUGGAUCACCUGGUAUAAACUAGUUGAAGAUAUUGUUCAACUUAGGGGGUAGGUAGGUACCAAACAGUCUAAUUAUACUGUCCUGCAUAUUUUAAAUUUAAACUUAAUUUUAUUUUUGAUCACUGUCUAUUACGUAGGUAAAUAAUAUGUUUAGUUUUAAAAAGAGAUCUAGUGUUAAUUUACCUAUUUUAUAAUUAUAUAAUCAUAGUACCUAUAAGUACUUAAUGUUUCAUAUUUGUUAAAAAUAUAAAAUGUAAGGUUUUAAAUUUUAUUUAAUAGUUACAAACAAACUAAUUAUUAUAUUACAUUAUUUACAAGGGAUUUGAACUGUGUAUACAAUAUAGUUACAGUUGUGUGUAAAUAUAAUAGUAUACUAUAAUUAUAGUGUGUAUGAUUUGUUUUAAUAAGUAUAUUUAAUGUUUUCAAUUAUUAUAAACUAAUGAGAAAAAAUAAUUAAAUUGGUAGGUACUUCUUGAGAUAAGGGAAAGAAAAGAUUACUUUUUUUUAGUAACCAGGUAGAAAACACCAGUAAUAUUAUUGUGUAAAGUUAGUGUAAUUCUAGAACAACAUUGUCUAAAAGUACCUAGUUAGUAUCUGUCAUUUGUCAAUUAUAAUGUUAUCAUUCAAUAUGUCUUUACUGCAAAUGUAUAAUUUUAAUAAUUUAAUUUAAAACACAUUAUUUUAUAAAAAAUUAAAAAAAAAAAACUGAUAAAAUGCCCAUUUAAAUAUACAUUGUAGCACAUACCUAUUAUACUACAUGCCUUUUUUCAAUAUCUACAAUCUGUUUAAUUAUGUAAAUAGUUAUAAUUAUGGUGCAUAUUAUUAAUACUUAUAUAAAAAUAUAUCCUUAUUAACAAAUUAACCAAUUAGUGAAUGUAAACAAAUUUAAUUUCAGCGAAAACUUGGGGCCACCCUUUGGCAACUCGUGUUCUCUGUCUCCACGGAAAACAGGAUAAUUGUGGCACGUUUGACAGACUUAUUCCAUUACUCCGACAAGGUUUCUAUUUUGUGUGCAUAGAUAUUCCAGGACACGGACAUUCUUCACACUUUCCUCCCGGUUUUCGAAUAACAUUAGAAUGUUUUGUACUCGCUAUUAAACGUGUUGUAGAUCAUUUAGCAUGGACAACAUUUAACUGUAUCGGUCACAGUAUGGGUGGAAUGAUAUCUAGUUUAUUCGCAUCUUUAUAUCCAGAGCAUAUUGAAAAGCUAAUAAUGAUUGAUUGUGCUGGUCCAAUAUCAAUAGAGCCACAAGAUACUGUCAAGUUUUUGAGAGAAUCUUGCAACAAUCUGUUGAAAAUUGAAAGUAAAACUAUGAGCAGAUCGCCACCAUCGUAUACAUACGAACAAGCUAUUAAUCUAGUAUUAACGAAAAGACCAUCAAAAUUAACUAGACAGUCUGCAGAUGUAUUAAUACAACGGACUUUGCAAAAACAUUCUAAUGACAGUUAUUCACUUAGCACGGAUCAAAGGAUGAAAAUUGAUUACAAUCAAAUGUUUUCACCAAUGCAACAUAUGUUUAUCAUACACAGUAUUAAAUGUCCUGUGUUAUAUUUACUUGCUGUAGAAAAUCUAUAUCACAAUUUACCUCAAAUAAAAUCGGUAAAAAAAAUGUAUAAAUCUAAUCCAAACGUUCAAAUUGUCAAAGUAAAUGGAAAUCAUGAUGUGCAUUUGAAUCAUCCAGAACGAAUUGCUGAUUUAAUCAAUAAUUUUUUAUUGUCAAAACUCAGUAAAAUAUAAUCUUGACAAGUGCUAUUGUAUCAUUGGUGUAUGGACAUUUAUUUUUUAUGAUACCUAUUUAUUUUUAUUGUUUUUUUCGUUUUUAUUAUUUAAUUUUGUACCUAAGGUGACUUGUUAAGUUUUUUUUUCUGUAAGCAUAUUAUUUAUAUUUAUUUUGGAAAUAAAAUUACUUGGGUGGUCGAUUUUAUGUAUGAUGUUUAAUUUCCAUUUGUCCAACUUUCCUCGUUAAUAAAUAUUAACUAAUAAUAUAUUGGUACCUAGAUUAGGUUACGCACCAUUACAAUAACAAUUAUUAAGAAAUCGUCUCCGUGCUAUCUCCGUCAUACAUCCGCGGGACAUAGAGCAAAUUUUCGUUCAGCCGGGAAAAUUCGAAUCCCGAAAAAAAAAAAUCCCCGAAACAACUGUAAUGUCAAAAUUAUAUGUAUACGACAAUUAGUUUAAUCGCCAGAGGUUUGAGUGUUUAAUGUGCACACGUCUGUUUAAAAAAAAAAAAAAUAAUAAUAAAUAGUUAAACAAAUAUGUAAUAUCGUAUCAAUCAGUAGUUCGUGUGCGUAUAUUAUUGGACACUGCUGUCAAAAAAAAAUAAAAAAAAUAUCCAAUGUGUUUGAUAUGCCCGAUUCCACAGUUUAUCGCUCUGAACAAUUGAUUUUAGAAUGUUUAGAUAGCUUAUGGCAUAGGGAUAUUUGGCAACUAAAAUUAUAGUUAUAUACAUGUAUAUAUAUAUAUAUAUAUAUAGAAGUCCAUGCGAACUUCACAUGAGAGAGUAGAUAACACGGUUAUCAAAUUAUUUUUGAAGUUUUCGUGAAUGUUCGUCGUUUCGUUUGUAAUCUAUAGACCAAAAAAACCAUACGGAUGACAAUGAUAAGACGGAAAUUUAUACAUAUAAAUAGAACUGAAGUAUAUCUAUGUUGACCAUUAGUUAGCGCUGUUAGUUUUAAAAUUACAGCGAAUUGACCUGUUACCAAACUCGGAGAUAUGAACAUUAUCUGUGUUGUCUCGUGGUUUUUCUUAAUAAUAUUUUAGCUUUCACGCGAGAUACGAUGGUCGUGUGAAAUAUCACGGUUGAAAAAUGCCCGACUCGCUUGAAAAUUAAGAAAAAGAAAAAAAAAAAACGACGAGACGACAAAGAUAAUGAUAAUAUCUUGAAGUUUGAUAAUAAGUCAAUCCGCUCUAAUAUCAAAACUAACAGCACAGGGUUUUCCCGCUGAACAGAAAUUUGCCGUGUCCCGCGGUUGUAUGACGGAGACCGCACAAUAUGCGGGUACGACGUGCUCUUAAUUAUCUACUUUGUAUAAUAUAUUUAUUUGCAGCAAAGACCUACGGCGACGACACUCGUCCGGCUGUGCUUUGCGUGCACGGUAUCCAAGACAACUGCGACACCUUCGUCACGCUCCUACCGUUAUUACCGAACGAUUACUAUUACGUGUGCGUCGAUUUGCCCGGUCACGGCCGCUCCGCCCGAUUUCCCUCUCACGUGCCCCUAGAGUUCGUCAACUACCUAGGCUCCAUCAAAUGGGUAGUCGACCACUUCAGCUGGUCCGAGCUCGUGUAUCUCGGUCACAGUUUUGGCGGGCAACUGGGCUCGUGGUUCGCGGCCGUUUACCCGGAUCUGGUCCGGUGCCUUGUCGUGCUGGACACGAUGGGACCCAGGCCCGUGAAGCUAGCCGACACGCUGGCCGCUGUCCGCAGCCGCGUCGAAGACGCGCAAUCGUUGUACCGACGCCAGUGCGGCCGCCAACCGCCUGUGUACACUUUUGACGAAGCGGUCGGUAAGAUGAUGGCCGGUCGGCCGUCCAGGCUGACGGACGAAUCGGCCCGCAUAUUAGCCCGGAGGGGAUUGGUCGUCGUUGACGACGAAGCGGACGAUAAGUCGUACACGUUCGCCUGUGACCAACGCCUCAAACUGGCCUUCAACCCGCUGAUGACUUUCGACCAGCACGAACAGAUACUCAGCAACAUCGCGUGUCCCACGGUGUUCGUGUUGGCCGACGAGAACCGUGCCCGGUACUCGACGUACUUAAAGGACGCCUACGAGUUUUACACCAAGAGACCUAACGUUACCGUCAAAGUGGUCAGUGGCGAUCAUGACGUGCAUUUAAACCACCCGGACAGGGUGUUCAAACACGUGUGCGAUUUUUUGCGACAGCAUUGUACAAUUUAA